GGAAGAGAGAGGGAGGGAGAGAAGGAGGGAGCGCGAUGUCGAACGCGCCAUUCCGGCCUCAGCCGCCGACAGCACGCGGUGCCGGGUCGGCUCGUGCGGGGCCCGAGGAGCGCCGGGAGCCCGGACCCGCCGGCGAUACUCUAUGGGAUCUUGCUAUAGCUGAAGUGGAGAAGAGAGAAAACUCUGAUGACGAUGGCAAGCAUGUGGAAGUUUGGGAAAAAUCAGUACUAUUCAUGGGAAAUAAAAAUGGGGGAAAGACCACUAUUAUACUGAGGUGUCUGGAGAGGGAAGAGAUUCCAAAGCCAACAUUAGCCUUGGAAUAUACUUUUGGAAGAAGGGCAAGGAGACACAAUGCACCUAAAGAUGUAGCUCAUUUUUGGGAACUAGGUGGUGGAACCUCAUUAUUGGAACUGAUUCGAAUACCAAUCACUAACAACAACAUAAGGUCAUUUUCUGUAGUUCUUGUAUUGGAUCUGUCCAAACCUAAUGAACUCUGGAUUACUAUGGAGAAACUUCUGCAGGUCACCAGAAACCACGUGAACAAAAUUUUGACCAAACUAGAAAAGACAAAUCCUGAAGUAGCUGCGGAAAUUAAACAGAGGAUGCAGAACAAUCUGCAGAGGGAUCAUCCAGAUUAUGAGUUGGUUGACCCUUUUCCAGUACCCUUGGUGAUCAUUGGAAGCAAAUAUGAUAUAUUUCAUGAGUUUGACUCUGAAGUGAGGAAAAUAAUAAGCAAGACACUUCGAUUUGUUUCACAUUAUUAUGGAGCAUCAUUAGUGUUUACCAGUAAAUCUGAGCCUCUCCUGCUGAAAGCCCGUGUUCUUAUUAAUCACUUGGCAUUUGGCUAUGAUAAAAGCAAGUCUAUAUCAGUGGAUCACAGCAAACCUCUAUUUAUACCAGCAGGCCUGGAUUCGCUGACCCAAAUAGGACCACCACCUGCCUCCAAUAGUGAUAUUGGAAAGAUGCGUGCAAACACACCAUUGGAACUGUGGAAAAAAGUAUUUGAGAAAACAUUUCCUCCCAAGAGUUUCUGUGACUUAGAAGAUACCAAGGAUCCUGCACAGGAUUUACAGUAUGCCGAGUAUGAAGUCGAUUUCAUGAGAGCUCAGAAAAACCAGGAACUUGAACAAUACAAAAGAAAUGCCUCUAAAUCCUGGAAGGAAAUGGAGUUUGACUUUGCUUGAUGAACUGCUAUAGAAGUCUUCAGUUUGAAUUUUACAGCAUUACUUCAAAUUUCUAGUGUAAUAUUAAAAUUAAUCUGAUGCAGUGGAAAAUAUACAGCAGCAAUCUAUAAUGUUUAUUCAGUGUUCUUGUUUAUUCAUUCAGCUGCUUAUUCAUUCAGUCCGAAUAUAAGUAUAUGCUGGUACUGACACAGAGUUGUAAAAAGUGGGGAGAAAGGAAUUCUAGAUUAUUCAGAGGUGGUUUUGAAUAUGAAGAUUGGCAUUAGCCAGGUCUACCUAUUUUAUAACUUAUAACACAUUAUUUUGUAUGCUUCUUUCCUAAACAUGUAUUUAAAUAUAAAGUUUUCACUUCCAAAAUAUGAAACUGCAUAGUAAAGUGUGUUAGGCAUGUUUUCCUAGUUUCUUGCAUCUAUAAUUCAAAAGCAAUGCUUAAGAAUAUAUUAGCGUCGUUGUUUGGUUUUGAGUAGGAUAAUUCCACAAAACUGGCAAAAUAAAUUGGAAUGAAAGCCAUGUUUGACCAGAUCUAAUAUUCAGAAAUUUACUUUAUCUCUGUUUCAGUGUCAUACAGUUUAAUACAGGAUUUAUUUCUUGCAAUUUAUGAUAUUAUAACUUCACUAAGGAUUCAGAUGAUGACAUUUCUGUCAAAUAUUCAAACGUUAGGAAGUCAGUCUAAUCAAUUUGACAGAUAUCUCAUUAAUGGUGGAGGUAUGAUUGAUUCACAUUCAGCCUAAGCUGGUGAAAUGCCAGCCUAAAAUAGAUUUGGGGUUUUGUCCAUGAUCAUCUUCUCUAGUAUGAGAUGGACUGAGUGUUUUAAGAAUAUGCAAGACAAGAUCUAGAUUAAAGCUAGAGGUGUUUGUUGAGAGCUAAGAUGUCUUGUUGGAGAGUAAAUGUCUGACAGGCACUUGGCAGACUGGAUUGUAAGAAUGUUCCCUGAUGUCUGUGGACAUAAAAAUGGGUGAGACAAACUAAUGUAUCCUUCCAGGUCUUUAAAGCUAUUUGUUAUUUUUAACAUAUUUGUUCACCAAACAUUUUUCUUAUGUAAUAUUUGUAUCUCAAGAUGUUAUACUUAAAGAUCUUAAAAAAAAAAUCUUGGCCUCACACAUAAGCGGAGAAUUUGCAUUAACUCCAGGGUUUCAAAUUCUUUGUUACAAAGUACAUUACCUCAAGAGCAUCAAAUUAAACUAAUUAUAUUAUUAUGGAAUUUCAAGAUACGAAGAUAUUUACCUCCUCUGUCUGUCUCUCUGUAAUAACUAAUUUCUUCACUGAACAUGGAAAGUGAGUAACAGAGUUUAGGAAUUCUGUCUGUUCGGCUUUCAGUUUUGAGAGGUACCUGUAUUUGUUAAAUGGAUAAAUUAGACUCUUUGGGAUGUUAGUGAGCCCAUGAGAAUAAAUUCCAAAUAUGAAAAUGACAUCACUUCCAAGAACUGGCAAAAUAAUUUUUAUUUCUUUUCCUAGUUAAAUUGACAUUUUAUGAACAAACAAAAAUUUGUUCUAGUAAGUUACAAACUGCAUCCAAAACAAGAUUUAGAACUUGAUAAUGAAAAGAAGGAACAGAUAUAAAUAACACAGCUGUCUUCUCCGAUUUACCAUCAUUAACAAGACAAAACCAUCUCAGGUGACUUUUCUAUUGCUUAGAGAUCAUGUGCUCACUCACUGGCUGUACAGUAUGCAUAAGAUUGAAGUGGAGCGAUUUCUUGAUUCUCUCUUUAUUUACAUAUUUGGUUCGUUCCCUUUCAACAAAUCCCCAAAAUCAUAUCAAAACUAAGCAUAGGACUUAAAAUACAAUUUGAUAAAUGUGAUUUACUAGCAGUUGUACCCCUCUGCUUAUCAGUAAUGCAUGAAAACCAAAAUGGGAGGUGGUGGAAUUAGAGCACUGUUGCUACAUUGUUAAGCAUUGACAACAACAGCUGACUAAAUUAAAUUCCAAAAGUUCUUUAGAACAUGUAAUGCUGUUGAUUACGACAGAUUUGGCAGUGGGGAGUUAAUACCAAUACCGGGAAGCCAUUGAAACUCAAGAGAACAUUGUUUCUCAAGAUGGAAAACAUCCAGUUAGAAACAGAGAUAAGAUGAAUGUGUUUCUGUAUCUGUUAUCGCUUACAUUCUAUCUAAAAUCCAACUAUUCAAGC